AUGCGGAUCUCGAUACGAGAGCAGCUCGGACUGCUCGUCCUCUUUUGCUCCCUUACAUCUCUGAUGGUGCUUGCGCUCGCAGUGUGGUUCCAAAAUUACAAUUUCAUUACCGGCAUCAGGUUAUCCGGACUGUCCUUGACGGCAUCUCUCAAAGCAGCACAGUUCACGAGCGCACUACUGUUGUAUGAUUCACAGGCCAGGCUGAUCAGAAACACCUCAAACGAGAACUGGCAACGUUCUGUGAGUGACUUCCAGGGCGCUCUCGCCAAUGGCAGCCUUCUGGUCCAGGCAAUUCUAUAUCCCAAUGCCUACAAUGGAAACGAGACUGCGGUCAAUGGGCUACUCAACGUCACUGCAAUUGGAUUGGACGGCACAAUCAAACUACCCUACAACUAUACGAAUGGCUCAGCUGUUUACUUGGGAGACCCGGGCCUAGGCUACCCCUCCUCACUGUAUCCAAAUUUGACUUAUGGCCCUCCACAAUCAGGAACCAAUUUUUCAACUCUAUACUACAAAGGCCAAAUCAUUCGACCUGAUGACACCCUGUUCCUAGGACCUUUGGUUGUGAAUGAGACUUAUUCCCUUCUGUCGCUCACAGUUCCCCUGAUCAACAACACAUCUCGGUCCGAUGUCCUUGGCUGGAUGACGGUUCUGGCCAAUACUAAUAUGCUAUACGAAAUCCAGCAGUCACCUGAAGGACUCGAUAAAACCGGGGAAACUCUUAUUAUUGGUCCAGCGUCGUCGAAUAACCAUUUUGGACAACAGGUCCGGGGAUCUAGCAAGUCCUACCUGGAAUCUCAACUAGUCCGGUAUGUGCUACCACCGGCAAGCAAUUCUACACUGGAUUAUCGGCACCAGGCCCGAAGUGGCGUCAACAAUGCCACCGAGCCAUUUCCAGCUUCAGGUUAUCCGGCAGUCGUUUCUGCGUGGACCAAGGACAACCAGGCCAUCAAUAAUGCGGGCGCCUAUAUUUCAACUCGGAAUGAAGAAGGAAAACGAGUUUCCGCAGGUUAUGCCACGCUAUCUACCAAGUUUGUCGAUUGGGUGGUUGUGGUAGAACAAUCACACCACGAGGUGGUUGCCCCUAUCGACCAUCUGCGUGAUGUUGUUCUCAUCUGUGUCUUCUCUGUGACCGGCUUACUCCUGCUCGUCAUGUUCCCCAUGGCACAUUAUUCGAUCACCCCAAUCCGACAUCUCGCAGCUGCAACCGCCAAAACGGUAGAGCCUUAUCAACCUGACGAUAAUAGCGAAUAUUCCAGCACUUUCGGCCACCAAGUCGCGGAGAUGGAGGACGUACUGGACUCUGAUGAACGCGAGGUGGCUAGAAAAGAAGGCUUUUUCGGUGUUCUGACAAGGAUUUCUAAACCAAAACAGUCAGAUCGAUCGACAACUCCUCGACACUUGCGGCGAAGAACAUUCAGGAUACCUAGGAAAGUUCCAGAGCGAAAACAUCUCAUCACUGAUGAGCUUACGGAGCUGACUCGCACCUUUAACGAGAUGUCUGACGAGCUAACGAUGCAAUACGAGCGUCUCGAAGAAAGGGUAAAGCAGCGUACAGCGGAGCUCGAGAAAAGCAAGAAAGCCGCCGAAGCAGCGAACCAGAGCAAGACGCUCUUCAUCGCUAACAUUUCCCACGAGUUGAAAACGCCUCUCAAUGGUAUUCUCGGCCUUACGACCGUUUGUAUGAACGAGGAUGAUCUAGGCCGGAUCCGGUCUACACUAAAUACCAUCUACAAAUCUGGAGAUCUGCUUCUCCACUUGUUGACCGAUCUUCUUACCUUCAGCAAGAAUGAGGUUGGCCAGCAGCUGUCGAUUGACGAAGCGGAAUUCAGACUCAGCGAUCUGAGCACGCAACUGAUGCCUACCUUCGAAAAACAGGCUCGCGAGGCACAAGUGGAUCUCAAAGUACUGUUCCUUGGCACGAACGACGCUUUUGGUGACGCUUCUGAGUUGUCUGGAGAAAAGCUAUAUGGCCCAGUUGGCACAGGCCGCGUUAGGGACAUGUGUCUAUGGGGUGACAAGAACAGGAUUUUACAGGUCCUGAUGAACUUUGUCAGCAACAGUCUGAAGUUUACUCCUGCGCAUGGCUCUGUCACAGUCCGUGUUCGCUGCAUGGGUCUUGUUGAGAGCUUUCCUAGUAGAGCAGGAAGCGCGCGAAAGUCCUCCCUGAACUCAAGAAAGUCAAAGUCUUCGAGCAAUAAGCGAGUACGGAUGUCAGAUGGCUCCCUGGUUCCACCAGAUAGCGCCGAUCAUGACAAGAGUCGUUCGAAUUCUGGGGGACUCGAAGACUCAAAACUUAGCAUCAACGUGGCUGGAGGCACAACGCACAUACCGAAGGUCGCAGAAAGGCAGCGAUCAAUGUCACCCCCACCAGUGAAUACGAAAGAUUUGAGCUUCGAAUUCGAGGUUGAAGACACAGGUCCGGGGAUUCCACCUGAACAGCAGAAAAUGAUCUUUGAACCCUUUGUACAGGGUGACCUAGGCUUGAGCAAGAAAUACGGGGGUACUGGAUUGGGUCUAAGCAUCUGUGCUCAACUAGCGGCCUUAAUGGGUGGUGACAUUUCUCUCGACAGCAAAGUGGGGUUUGGCAGCAAGUUUACUAUGCGGAUUCCGCUUCGCUAUGUAUCAGAGCGCACCCCGUCAAUGGCCUCCUCAACACGGAAAUCCGCCUCCAAAGCCAGCAGUCUUGUUGGACAAGCCUUGCAUGACCAACCCGACGUAACGCCGCACACCCACACUGGUUCCACGACAUCCUUACCCUCAGCCCGGGAUGAUCAACCCAAACUAGCCGAUGUUCCAAGGAUAGUCGGCUUCACUCAACCUUAUGUGGCGAAAGAGAUAAAGAGUAGCGACGCAUCUCAAGCAGGACUCAAUGAGAUAAAGAAGGUGGAGAAUGAAGCUGCACAAAAGGGUCGAAAAGUGCGCGUGCUCGUGGCAGAAGACAAUCAAGUGAAUCAAGAAGUCGUCCUUCGCAUGCUGAGGUUGGAAGAUGUCUAUGAUGUCACGAUUGCGAAGGACGGACAAGAAGCAUUUGAAAAGGUUCGGGAAUCCAUGGUGAGCGGGCAACGGUUUGAUCUAGUAUUUAUGGACGUUCAAAUGCCCAACCUUGAUGGAAUUCAGUCGACCAGACUCAUCCGCGAAAUGGGAUUCAAGUCGCCUAUUGUCGCCCUUACUGCGUUUGCCGAAAAGUCCAACGAGGACGAGUGCAUGGCUUCCGGAAUGGAUUACUUUCUGGCCAAGCCGAUUCGAAGACCUGCUCUCAAACAGGUCCUUAAAAAAUAUUGUGCAACAAUUCCGGAGGAGGAAUACGAGGGAAGUUCAACUGCGGUGCCUCGUUCAGACGAGAAUGCAGCGCCACAAGCGAAAAACGGUCAGACCACAUACAGGGAGCCCAAUAUUGACCCGUUGGACUCAGGCGACGUCUCACCACUAUCAUGA